AUGUUGGUCAAAAAUCCACCAUCACCAUAUUACAAUUAAGAAGUAGUUCGGGUCAUGAUAGAUCAUCCAGGAUAAUGUCAUUUUGUGGGUGAUUAUUCGGGUCAGCGUUAUGGUACCAUUCUAGUGGAUAUGUCCUGUGUGAAGUGCCUGAUUUUUUAUUGGACAGUACGAACAAUGUACAAGUACUAACCCUCUUCUUUUGUAACUAAACCAUUCAGUUAAUCUCUACUGAUGACAAAGUGGCUUGUAUGGCAUUUUUUCUAGCUAAUUAGCGUGUCUGAAGGUGGGAGUGCUUUGUGCCAAGGUCCACCGUUUGUCAAGUUCCAGACAUCACAGGAUGGAAGAUGACAUGGUUUAAACUUGUCAUUUUUCUUGGACAUCUUUUUCUAUACAAGCCCAGACUGACAGCAGGAAAUGACUGGAGCUACAAUACCCACGAGAAGGGGAGAGGUCCUGACUACUGGUCCCACAUACACCAAGUCUGCAGUGGAUUCGAACAGUCUCCCGUCAACAUCGACACGGAGUUCAUGGUCUACGACACCACGUUGGCCUACUUUAACUUCACUGAGUACGCCCACAAGCAGGGGGUACACCAGAUCUUAUCCACCAUCAACGUCAUUACAGCUGUCAUCACGUACUCUGGCCAUAAGAUCCUACUACGGGGCGGCUCCCUGCCACAAGACUUCACGCUCUACCAAGUCCAUUUCCACUGGGACCCGAGAAGUGUACACAGCGGGUCAGAACAUGCCAUCAACGGCAGACGCUACGGCAUGGAGAUGCAAAUAAUUCAUUAUCGAAGUGACUAUAGAAGCCUAAAUCAGGCAAUACAGCAAAAGUUUAGUGUGGCAAUUGUUUCUUUUUUGUUUAAGGUAGUCCAUGAAGUGAAUCCAGCGUUGGACAAGCUACUCAAAUAUUUACCCAACCUUACACAGCACAACAGCACGUAUGUACAUGAAUUUUCACUGUACGACCUUCUGCCUAGCACAGAGAAGAUGAACUUUUACAGAUACGAGGGCAGCUUGACCUACCCACCCUGUAGUGAGACGGUCAUCUGGUCGGUGGCGGAACCUCUCAUAAACAUAUCAAAAUCACAGUUGGAACAGUUUUACCAGUUCAACCCGAACACCUUCAAGUCAUUACACAACAACCGCGCAAUACAACCUCUCAACGGUCGCAUUGUACUCACCACCAAGGUCAACCAGCGGACAAGAAAGAGCAAAAAUGGCGCUGGCACCAGGGCCUCUGUCUGCCAGAAGUUGUUGUCGUCUGCUCUGGUCCUGGCCGUGAGUUGGGUUUCCUUGUAGUCCCAGACCGUCUGGAGGAAAAUUCCAGUAUGGCGCUCAGUCGACGUCAUCGACGUGACGACACGCAUCAUGUAGUCACGUGAGCACAGCUCAACAAACUUGGUUCACGUCAGGCGAUACAAACAGGAAGUUCCACGUCAUCCGCGACAUGACAAGCUCGAGACAAGCAGUCCGUGACCACGGAGGUCACUGUCUUCAUAGGUCACAAGGUCAAAUAAAACUGGUCCCAUUUCUAAUGAAUUUCUUGAUCAUCACUUCAAAGACCCACAAGGUCAAAUAAACUGGUCCCAUUUCUAAUGAAUUUCUUGAUCGUCACUUCAAAGACCCACAAGGUUAAAUAAAACUGGUCGCUGAGUAUGUUAUCUUGUAAAGAAAUGUGAUUUCCCUCGCUAAAGAUCGAAUAGAUGUUCGCAGGCUGUGAUUUAGAACAAGCUAAUAUGUUUUCAAAUGUUCGUCUGUGUGACUGUAAAGAUGGGUGACUAUGUUAAGAUAUGUGAGGAGAUGUUUUUAACGUGUGUGAAUAUGAAAAGAUGUGUGAUUGUGUAGUAAAAUGUAUGGCUUUGUAUAAAAAAAUGUAUGAAUAUGAAAAAGAAAUCUGUAAAUUGUAAUAAAUGAAAUCACCUGCUCCAACAAUUCUGCACUUCAUAAAUAACAGAUGCGCCAUCUAUUAAUUACGUGUAUUUUGUUUAUAUAGUAAUAGCGUACCCUACCUGUCUAAGAAGAAAGGCUGACGCAAUAUUUUACGAGGAUUUCAUUAAUGCGUUACCAAUAGUGUUUUUUUUUAAUGUUAGAUGCGUGACUUCUUUUCCAAAACUGGUUUGUUGAAAUGUAAA